CACCGGGGAAACUGCAGGUGCUCUGGAUGGCUAGACCAGCCCUGCUUGUAGUGGCCCAUGAGACGUGUGAUGAGUUUUUCCCUCAGACUUAACAACUUUCGAAGGACGGAGCAGAGGGAGAGACAGAGAGAGGCGUGGUCUACGAUCCCUUUUGGUUUUUACGCACGGACGCAGCAGACGCUUCAGUCAGUGGAAACAGAGGCGAAAGAACGUCAUUUUUCCACGAGAUUCAACGCGGGUGACCUGCCAGGGCGUUUUAAUAAGAAAAGACUGGAAGAGAAGAGUACGUAAAGCAAAUAGAGGAACGGGUGUGCGUGCAUCUCUGAGGCUGACGCACGGGGAAUAGGAUCUGCCUGAGCCAAAAUGGCAGAGCGUUUUGACUGCUCGAGCUGCUCUGAGUCUCUGUUUGGGAGGAAGUACAUUGACGUGGAGCGCAGCCCUCACUGUGUGCCCUGCUACGACCGACUUUUCGCCCACACCUGCCAAGAGUGCAACCAGACCAUCGCUCACAAUACCAAGGAGCUGUUCUAUGAGGACCGGCACUACCACGAGCACUGUUUCCGCUGCUCUCACUGCGGCCGCUCUCUGGCCCAGGAGCCCUUCUCGAGUCUGGGUGAGAGCCUGGUCUGCAGCGACUGCUUCUCCAACGAGUUCUCCUCCAAAUGUGUGGCCUGCGACAAGAACGUCAUGCCAGGCUCUCGUGUGCUGGAGUACGGAGGCUCCACUUGGCACGAGGACUGUUUCUGCUGUCAGGCCUGUGGGAAGUCCAUCGGAGCCGAGGCUUUUAUCCCCGACAAUAAUAACUAUUACUGUGUGCCCUGCUACGAGACACGACUGGCCCCUCAGUGCUCUCUCUGCAACAAGGCUCUGACUAAAGGCGGGGUGACCUACAAGGACAAGGUCUGGCACCGUGAGUGUUUCUUCUGUACGGGCUGCAGGCUGCCUCUGUCCGGCCAGACCUUCACUUCACAGGGAGAAAAACCAUACUGCGUCAAGUGCUUCAGCAACCUGUACGCCAAGAAGUGUGCCGCCUGCAACACUCCCAUCACAGGUUUUGGAGAUGGUAAAUACGUGUCCUUUCAGGAGCGGGAGUGGCACCAGCCCUGUUUCAAAUGCUCACGCUGCUCUGUGUCUCUGGUGGGAUCUGGAUUCUUCCCGGACCGAGACCUCAUCCUCUGUACGGACUGCAACUCUGAAGACUGAACGCCAGCUUAUCCAUAUGGAACACCAGGAAGUACACCGCACCAUUGACAGACAGCUUAAUGCACUAAUGCACCAGGAUAUAUACAGGCUCAGUAACAUCCAAUAUAUACUGUACCAUCUUAACUUAAAGGUGCCGCAUGUAACUUUUCUGGAGCUGGGUACAUCACCCGCUUGUUUCCAUGGCCUGUAACUUGGCCUGGUGACAUUAUCUCUGUCUCCAUAAAGAUGGAUACAUUUAAUUCCAUAAUGUGGAGCAUUUAACAAAAGCAAAACCAUCUUCAUAGAGACAAGCAGAAGCGAGCUUAAAACAUAAAAUAAAGUUUGUAUGUGAUUUUUAUUUUACAUUUCAUGAACAUGGCCUAACUAUGUCCCCAGAAAUGAGGUAAAUAUUUUCAAAUCAAGUUUAACUUUUACUGAUAACAAUUGUAAUGCAGAUUUAUUUAUUACAAACACAUUGGACAUGAUGGACAAGUUGUUUAUGUUAUAGCAGUUAUCCAGUCAGAAAGCAGUGAGUCUCUCAUUUGUGUUGCCAGUUUCAAAGCUGAAAUCCAGUGUGUUUAAACCUAAAAUGUCUCUCUCUGAUCUGAAUGGUCACAACCUAAACCCCAGCACCUGCAGCAGUCAUGAGUCAGUGCUAGUGCCGCCUCUGCAGCUCAGGGAGGGAAUUCUGGAGGUUCUGAGCUUUCAUGAGCCAUGGUCUGUCCAUAUACAGAGAGUGUAAAAAAAGUAAAGCACUGGCAACCCAAGUUCAGUUAUGAUUGUAGUAACUGUAAGAGUACAGGAGACGCACAGUUCCUCUAAGUUUAAAUAGUCAGGUUGUCCUUCCUUCUAAUGUCCAUGCUUCUUUGUUUUGCCUUGUUCUGUUAUACAUGUUAAACCAAAGACACGUGUGUAUAAACUACUAUCGGCAAAACACAUCAGCAUAUUUAUAUAGAUCUGCAAGAGAAAUAUUUCAAUAUUUUCAAAUGAUGUAAACCUUUAAUAUAACUUUUAUAUAACUUUUUAUGCCAAGAGCUAAGAUGCAAAGUGAUUUGUUACUAUAAUUUACCAACUUAACUUUCAAUGUGUAUUUUAUCAGUGACAAAUAAACUAAUUCCAAACUAUGUGCAAAGAAAUUAUAAUUUUUUUUAUAGUUGUAACAAGUAUUUGGUCAAAUGAAACUUUUUUAUUUUAUUUAAAUGCCCUGUAUUACCCACAGUUGACUCUUGUGAGCUUUAAGUCAUGUUAU